GGCGGCGACACUCGCGUCAAGUGGCAUGGAGUCCAUCUCCAAUAAACCACACAGAGAAACAGACAUAAUAGAAGCCAUUUCUGUACCAAAUCAAAUCAAAUAUCUGGAACCCCUCGAAAUGCAAAACAAGUCCCGCAGAAAGCGCGUCCGCCAGAGUAUCGAUCAAUUGCCUCCAGAAGGCAGCCGUGAGCUUCAAUUUUUCCAAGAUAACACAGUGACAUCGCCCCUGCUCCGCCUUCCUGCCGAGCUCAGGCUGCGUAUAUACGAGCUGCUUCUCGACGUUGGCCAGAUCAGCAUUGACUACCGAGCUUGGAGUCCAAAUACCAAUGCACGACCGGGCUUCUACUGCCGAACUCUGGCAUCCGACGCCGAUCCGUGGGCCUUGCCACCGGUACACCAUACCGUUAGAGGAACCUCUUGGGGUCCUGCAAGGCGUGGACAUGGCGCAUCCGGGAGCCGUGUUACCGACAAAGACGCCAAAACGGGUGCCACCUCGGGCGGCGUGACGUUGCUGUCGGGCGUGUGCCGGCAACUGUAUCACGAGACGGCCAUCCUUCCCUUCCAGCUCAAUACUUGGUCUUUUCACAACCCUCGGCUGAUGAACCGAUACCUGAAGGAGCGGAGGAUGACGCUGAAGCAGAGAAGGGCCGUCAAGGUCCUCUUCCUCAGGGAGAAGCCGUCCAAGGCCGUACAAAAUCUGUUUGGAGGCCUCCAGGUCGUCGCCUGGCGUAACGAGGGCCAAGGUCGCCUAGUACGACGCACUUUUGAUAAAUGA